AUGAGAAACGCGUCGGCUUGUUUAGUCGACUGCUGUGAGGAAGAUGGCGACACUUCCGACGAAGACGACCCGUCCGAAUCGUCGACGAACGUUAGCAGGUCGACGAUCUCAUGCCAUCCCUCCCAGCCAUCACUGGACUCACUACAACAGCCAUCUGUCCCACCGCAACUGCUUGCCCCGCUCGACCGGGCACUCAGUCACAAACUCGUGAUUCGAUCGCCACGUUUUUCUCUGCGAGCAAUUUCUAUGAAGGGUCGACAGUCGCCAUUAGGUGCGAACAUGAAUGACUGGAUGAGAACUAUUCUAGCUAGGCACUCGAAAGUUUCAGUCAGAUCAAACAGCACUCAUAUUGUGAAACCUUUAAAGUACUUUGCGAAUGUAUAG